UAGGGUUCUAGAGGUUUGUUCUAGGUCUUUGGCAUCGCUGCUACGAUGCCGGGAGUGGAGGUUGAGCCAGAGAUCGUGAAGCAGAAGCCGAAGAAGCUCAAGGCAGCUGCGGCGGAGGAUUUGGCGGAUAAGAAGAAGGAGAUGGAUUCGUCCGAGAAGAAGGAGAAGAAGAGGAAGAAGAAAGAGGGCGAGAGUGGCAAUGCGGAGGAGCCAGAGAAGAAGCGCAAGAAAUCCGAGGUGCCGUCGAGCCCGGAGAAGAGCGACAUUGAUGUCGAGAAUCCCUACGCGCUGGAGAAUUUCCGGAUCUCGGACGCUGUCAAGGGGAUGCUCAGGGAGAAAGGGAUCAAGGCCUUGUUCCAAAUUCAAGCUCAGAGCUUUGACAUCGUCCUAGAUGGCGAUGAUCUGGUUGGAAGAGCGCGCACUGGCCAAGGAAAAACGCUAGCUUUUGUGUUGCCUAUCAUUGAAUCGCUGCGAAAGUCUUCUUCGGGGAAAAAAGGUUAUGGACGUGCUCCCACGGUUCUAGUUCUUGCUCCAACGCGUGAAUUGGCGAAACAAGUUCAUGCAGACUUUGAGUGCUACGGAGGUGCUGCUGGCUUGAGCACUAUUUGUGUUUAUGGUGGAAGUCAGUAUGGUCCCCAGCAGAAUGCUAUGCGUCGUGGUGUGGACAUUGUUGUUGGGACUCCUGGACGUAUUAAGGAUUUCCUGGACCGCGGUGACUUGAACUUGAAAACUUUGAAGUUCCGAGUCCUUGAUGAGGCCGAUGAGAUGCUUAACAUGGGAUUUGUGGAGGCUGUUGAAGCUAUUUUAGGCGCUGUCGAAGAUACCUCCUCCGUGCAGACACUUUUGUUCAGUGCUACUAUGCCCAGCUGGGUGAAAGAGAUAGCAACGAGGUUUCUUAAACCAAAUAAGAAAACCGUGGACCUUGUUGGAGAUGAGAAAAUGAAGGCCAGUAACAAUGUCAAGCACUUGCUGCUUCAAUGCGCUUAUUCUGCGAGGUCUCAGAUGAUAGCAGAUGUGAUUAAGGUUUAUGGCAGUGGUGGAAGAGUUAUAGUUUUCACGGAGACGAAAAAUGAUGCUUCCGAGCUUGCUGGUUCGUUAGGGACAAACGUCGCCAGGCCAUUACACGGAGACAUUCCACAAGCACAGCGAGAGCACACUCUAGCUGGAUUUCGGUCUGCAAAGUUCCUUGUCUUAGUUGCCACCGAUGUUGCUGCUCGAGGUUUGGAUAUCAAUGACGUCCAACUCAUUAUCCAGUGUGAGCCACCAAAGGAUGUAGAGACUUACAUUCACCGAUCAGGUCGGACGGGGCGAGCGGGAAAUACGGGAAUUGCCGUGAUGAUGUUCGAUCGGAAGAAGGAAUAUAUGAUACCUAUGAUUGAAGCGAAGGCAGGAUUUAAGUUCGAAAAGAUCACACCUCCUCAGCCCUCUACAAUCGCUAAGGAAUCAUCAUUCACCGCUAUUAAGGCCGUUUCAGCAGUUUCAGACAGCGUAGUACCCUUCUUCAAAGAAGCAGCAGAGCAACUUGUCAGCGAUUGCAAGCGUCCGGCCGUGGAACUUCUGGCUAAGGCUCUAGCGAAGAUUGCCGGGUGCACUGAAGUGAAGAGGAGAUCAUUGCAGACAUCGCAUGACGACGCUACAACUUUACUUUUCGAAGUGUCCAAGCCGAUACAUUCCGUGGGAUAUAUCUUCAAUGCGUUGCGAGGUUUUUUAAGCGAGGAAUGUAGUUCCUCGAUUCGGCGCAUGAACCUUACUGCGGACGGUAAAGCAGCGGUCUUUGACGUUCCCAGCGCAAUGGUGGACGAGUUUUUGAUCGGAAACGACGGCGCGGAUAACUUCACCAUCUCGAUUCCUGAGUCUCUUCCAGAGCUGACGGCCAAGCCCGAGAGAACGGGUGGAUAUGGCGGUGGUGGCUAUGGAGGUGGUGGAAGCAGCAGAGGUGGAUACAGCGGUGGAAGAGGUAACAGAGGAGGAUUUAGCAGUGGAAGAGGUCGUGGAGGCUACAGUGGCGGUGGAAGAGGGGGCCGCAAGUACUAGCUCCACGAAAACUCCAGUUUUGAUUGUGAGGACGACGACGAAACUUUUGGCAAGGCGGAGAUAAAGAUAUUCUUCGGGUGA